GUCCGCCGGCGGCGCGGUCCUCACCGGAGACCACGGGCACGCGGGCUUGACCCCGAGGUGCGCCGCGCCCCUGAGAGCGGCAGUUUUAUAUUAAAAGAGAACAACCAUGUUUCGAAAUAGUCUCAAGAUGCUUCUUACUGGUGGGAAAUCAAGUCGGAAAAACAGGUCAAGUGAUGGAGGAAGCGAGGAACAACCGGAUCGAAGACAGUCGAGUGUAGAUUCUCGCCAAAGCCGCUCUGGGCAAGGUGGCAUCUCCACAGAAAGCGACUGUGCUUUUGAGCCAGACUACGCUGUUCCACCACUUGCAGUGAGUGAAGGUAUGCAGCACAUUCGGAUUAUGGAGGGCAUGUCUCGCUCUCUUCCAUCCUCCCCCUUACUCACACAUCAGUCUAUCAGUGUUCGGCUCCAACCUGUGAAGAAGUUAACUGCCCCUCUGAGGAAGGCAAAGUUUGUUGAGAGCCCACGAAUUCCAGAGUCCGAGCUUGGCUCCCCAACUCUCACUUCAGCUCAGAAACUGGACGUGGAUGCAUACUGCCCCGGUGAUGUUGAACAGGAACUUGGUCCACCUCCUUCUGUAGAUGAGGCAGCAAACACACUCAUGACUCGUCUGGGUUUCCUCCUUGGAGAGAAAGUCCCGGAAGUACAGCCAGGUGAUCAGUACAGCAUGGAAGUACAGGAUGAAAAUCAGACCUCAGCAAUCACCCAGCGGAUAAGUCCCUGCUCCACCCUGACUAGCAGCACUGCCUCUCCCCCUGCCAGCAGCCCCUGCUCUACGCUCCCACCAGUCAGUACAAAUGCAGCUGCCAAGGACUGUAGCUAUGGCGCUGUCACCAGUCCAACCUCCACCCUGGAAAGCAGGGACAGUGGCAUCAUUGCUACGUUGACAAAUUAUUCGGAAAACAUGGAGCGUACAAAAUAUGUUGGAGAAAGUGGUAAAGAAUUAGGAUCUGGAGGAAACCUAAAACCAUGGCAGACUCAGAAAUCCAGCAUGGACUCCUGUCUGUGUCGUGUAGAUGAGAACAUGGCUGCCUCCACAUACAGUCUGGAUAAGAUCCAAGAGAGGCAUUCGGAGACCGUUUUAUCCCAAUCAGUACAAUCUAUUCCUUUGUAUCUCAUGCCUCGACCAAAUUCAGUAGCAGCUACCAGCUCUGCCCACUUGGAGGAUCUUGCUUACCUGGAUGAGCAGAGACAUACUCCUUUGAGAACUUCUCUUCGAAUGCCAAGACAGAGUAUGGGUGGAGUUCGUACACAGCAGGAUCUAAGAGUUCGCUUUGCACCUUAUAGACCUCCAGAUAUCUCCCUGAAGCCCCUACUCUUUGAAGUGCCCAGCAUCACCACAGAGUCAGUGUUCGUUGGCCGAGAUUGGGUAUUCCAUGAGAUCGAUGUUCAGCUUCAGAGUUCAAAUGCCAGCGUGAACCAAGGAGUAGUGAUUGUGGGAAACAUUGGGUUCGGAAAAACUGCCAUCAUCUCCAGACUGGUGGCCCUCAGCUGCCAUGGUACACGGAUGAGACAGAUCGCCUCUGAUAGCCCACACGCCUCCCCCAAACAUGUAGACGCCAACAGAGAACUACCGCUCACCCAGCCACCUUCAGCCCAUUCAUCUAUUACCAGUGGAAGCUGCCCAGGAACUCCAGAAAUGCGCAGACGGCAGGAGGAGGCCAUGCGAAGACUUGCCUCACAGGUGGUUGCCUAUCACUAUUGCCAAGCAGAUAAUGCCUACACCUGCCUGGUACCAGAAUUUGUCCACAAUGUUGCUGCUCUGCUCUGCCGCUCACCUCAGCUGACAGCUUACCGGGAGCAGCUUCUUCGGGAACCUCACCUGCAAAGCAUGCUAAGCCUCCGGUCCUGUGUUCAAGACCCCAUGGCCUCCUUCCGGAGGGGAGUUCUAGAACCCCUGGAGAACCUCCACAAAGAGAGAAAAAUCCCAGAUGAAGAUUUCAUCAUUUUAAUUGAUGGAUUAAAUGAAGCAGAAUUUCACAAACCGGAUUAUGGGGAUACAAUUGUAUCAUUUCUGAGUAAAAUGAUUGGAAAUUUUCCUUCUUGGCUCAAACUAAUUGUAACAGUUAGGACCAGUUUACAGGAAAUUACCAAGUUGCUGCCUUUCCAUAGGAUUUUUUUGGAUCGACUAGAAGAGAAUGAAGCCAUAGACCAAGACCUUCAGGCUUACAUCCUGCACCGGAUUCACAGCAGCUCAGAGAUUCAGAAUAACAUCUCACUUAAUGGCAAGAUGGACAAUACUACAUUUGGCAAACUCAGUUCUCACCUCAAGACCCUCAGUCAAGGGUCUUAUCUAUACCUGAAGCUAACAUUUGACCUCAUAGAAAAAGGCUACCUAGUGCUAAAGAGCUCUAGCUACAAAGUGGUUCCCGUUUCACUCUCUGAGGUUUAUUUACUCCAGUGCAAUAUGAAGUUCCCAACUCAGUCUUCCUUUGACCGGGUGAUGCCUCUCCUGAAUGUGGCAGUGGCCUCUCUCCACCCACUUACUGAUGAACAUAUCUUCCAGGCCAUCAAUGCUGGGAGCAUUGAAGGCACACUAGAAUGGGAAGACUUUCAGCAAAGAAUGGAGAACCUCUCCAUGUUCCUAAUCAAGCGCAGAGACAUGACUCGAAUGUUUGUGCACCCCUCUUUUCGAGAAUGGCUUAUUUGGAGAGAAGAAGGAGAGAAAACCAAAUUUCUCUGUGAUCCCAGGAGUGGCCACACUUUACUUGCCUUCUGGUUUUCCCGCCAAGAGGGAAAACUAAACCGACAGCAGACUAUUGAACUGGGACAUCACAUUCUCAAAGCUCACAUCUUUAAGGGUUUGAGUAAAAAAGUUGGUGUAUCGUCCUCCAUCCUCCAAGGUCUCUGGAUCUCCUACAGCACAGAAGGUCUUUCUAUGGCGUUGGCAUCUUUACGAAAUCUCUACACUCCAAAUAUAAAGGUCAGCAGACUGCUGAUUUUGGGAGGUGCCAAUAUUAAUUACCGGACAGAGGUUUUAAAUAAUGCUCCAAUACUGUGUGUCCAGUCUCACCUUGGUUACACAGAAAUGGUGGCCCUGCUUUUGGAAUUUGGGGCCAAUGUGGAUGCCUCUUCUGAGAGUGGCCUGACUCCUCUGGGUUAUGCUGCAGCAGCAGGGUUCCUGGGCAUCGUGGUCUUGCUGUGCAAGAAACGGGCCAAGGUAGAUCACUUGGAUAAGAAUGGGCAGUGUGCUUUGGUUCAUGCUGCUCUACGGGGUCAUCUAGAGGUUGUCAAGUUUCUCAUUCAGUGUGACUGGACAAUGGCGGGCCAGCAGCAAGGAGUGUUUAAGAAGAGCCAUGCCAUCCAGCAGGCCCUCAUUGCUGCAGCCAGCAUGGGUUACACUGAGAUUGUCUCCUACCUACUUGAUCUUCCAGAAAAAGAUGAAGAGGAAGUGGAGCGAGCUCAGAUCAACAGUUUUGACAGUCUCUGGGGAGAGACAGCCCUGACAGCCGCAGCAGGAAGGGGCAAACUGGACGUGUGCCGUCUGCUUCUGGAACAAGGGGCAGCAGUGGCCCAGCCAAACCGCAGAGGAGCGGUGCCCCUUUUCAGCACUGUUCGCCAGGGCCACUGGCAGAUUGUUGACCUGUUACUUACCCACGGAGCUGAUGUCAACAUGGCAGACAAGCAGGGUCGUACUCCCCUGAUGAUGGCUGCUUCUGAAGGCCAUCUAGGAACCGUGGACUUUCUACUUGCACAAGGUGCCUCUAUUGCCCUAAUGGACAAAGAAGGAUUGACAGCCCUCAGCUGGGCUUGUUUGAAGGGCCAUCUCUCAGUAGUACGUUCUCUGGUUGAUAAUGGAGCUGCUACAGACCAUGCUGACAAGAAUGGCCGCACCCCACUGGACCUGGCAGCUUUCUAUGGCGAUGCUGAGGUGGUCCAGUUCCUGGUGGAUCAUGGGGCCAUGAUUGAGCAUGUUGACUACAGUGGGAUGCGUCCUUUGGAUAGGGCAGUGGGUUGCAGGAACACUUCUGUCGUAGUCACUCUGCUGAAGAAAGGAGCCAAAAUAGGUCCAGCCACAUGGGCGAUGGCCACCUCCAAACCAGACAUCAUGAUCAUCCUGUUGAGCAAGCUGAUGGAAGAGGGGGACAUGUUUUAUAAGAAAGGUAAAGUAAAGGAAGCUGCCCAGCGCUACCAGUAUGCUCUGAAGAAAUUCCCUAGAGAAGGGUUUGGUGAGGACUUGAAAACCUUCCGGGAGCUGAAAGUAUCUCUGCUCCUCAACCUCUCUCGAUGCCGCAGGAAAAUGAACGACUUUGGAAUGGCGGAGGAAUUUGCUACUAAGGCCCUGGAGCUGAAACCGAAAUCUUAUGAAGCAUACUAUGCGAGAGCAAGGGCCAAGCGCAGCAGCAGACAGUUUGCAGCAGCCUUAGAAGACCUGAAAGAGGCCAUCAAGCUAUGUCCAAACAACCGUGAGAUCCAGAGGCUUCUGAUGCGCGUGGAGGAGGAAUGUAGACAGAUGCAGCAGCAGCAGCAACAGCCGCCACCGCCACCCCAGCAACCUCAGCAGGAGUUACCAGAGGAAGAGACAGAGCCUGAGCCCCCGCAUGAAGAUAUAUACUCUGUACAAGACAUAUUUGAGGAGGAGUACUUGGAACAGGAUGUUGAAAAUGUUUCUAUUGGCCUCCAGACAGAGGCUCGACCCAGUCAGGGGCUCCCAGUAAUUCAGAGCCCUCCUUCCUCUCCAGCUCAUCGGGACUCGGCCUAUAUCUCUAGCUCACCUCUUGGCUCUCAUCAGGUUUUUGACUUCCGAUCCAAUAGUGCUGUAGGUUCUCCCACUAGACAAGGUUAUCAGUCCACCUCGCCUGCUCUUUCUCCAACUCACCAGAACUCUCAUUACAGGCCUAGCCCACCACAUACGUCCCCAGCUCAUCAGGGUGCAUCUUACAGGUUCAGCCCACCUCCUGUGGGAGGGCAAAGCAAGGAAUACCCAAGCCCUCCUCCUUCCCCUCUCCGUAGAGGCCCUCAGUACCGGGCCAGCCCUCCAGCUGAGAGCAUGAGUGUCUAUAGAUCCCAGUCUGGCUCCCCUGUACGCUAUCAGCAAGAAACAAAUGUGAGUCAGCUACCUGGCAGACCAAAAUCUCCACUAUCCAAGAUUGCCCAGCGGCCCUACCAGAUGCCUCAGCUUCCAGUAGCAGUUCCCCAGCAAGGGCUCAGGCUACAGCCUGCCAAGGCCCAGAUUGUAAGAAGUAACCAGCCUAGCUCAGCAGUCCACUCAAGCACUGUCAUCCCGACAGGAGCCUAUGGCCAAGUAGCCCAUUCGAUGGCUAGUAAAUACCAGUCUCCACAAGGAGAUAUAGGAGUGAGUCAGAGCCGAUUGGUUUAUCAGGGAUCCAUAGGGGGCAUUGUAGGAGAUGGGAGACCCGUACAGCAUGUCCAAGCCAGCCUGAGCGCCGGUGCCAUCUGUCAGCAUGGAGGAUUGACCAAAGAAGAUCUGCCACAGAGACCCUCCUCUGCCUAUCGAGGAGGCAUGAGAUACAGCCAGACACCACAGAUUGGGCGUAGCCAGUCAGCAUCCUAUUAUCCAGUCUGUCACUCAAAACUAGAUCUGGAACGUUCCUCCAGCCAACUGGGUUCCCCUGAUGUGUCACAUUUAAUCAGAAGACCUAUCAGUAUCAACCCUAAUGAAAUCAAGCCCCACCCACCAACUCCCAGGCCACUGCUGCACUCACAGAGCGUGGGCCUUCGCUUCUCUCCAUCUAGCAAUAGCAUUGCGUCCACCUCCAACCUGACUCCCACCUUCCGGCCUUCUUCUUCAAUUCAGCAAAUGGAGAUCCCACUGAAGCCAACAUAUGAUAGGUCAUGUGAUGAACUGUCACCAGUGUCUCCCACUCAGGGAGGCUACCCUAGUGAGCCCACCCGAUCCAGGACCACACCAUUCAUGGGGAUCAUAGAUAAAACCGCCCGGACUCAACAGUACCCCCACCUUCACCAGCAGAAUCGGACCUGGGCAGUGUCAUCCGUGGACACCGUCCUCAGUCCCACAUCUCCAGGCGGCCUGCCUCAGCCCGAGUCCUUCAGUCCACCAUCAUCCGUCAGCAGCAUUGCCUUUUAUAACAAAACCAACAAUGCACAGAACGGCCAUUUGCUGGAGGACGAUUAUUACAGCCCCCAUGGGAUGCUGGCUAAUGGUUCACGUGGAGACCUCUUAGAAAGAGUCAGCCAGGCCGCCUCCUAUCCUGACGUGAAGGUUGCACGGACCCUACCCGUGGCUCAGGCAUACCAGGACAACCUGUACAGGCAAUUGUCUCGGGACUCUCGACAAGGGCAGACAUCGCCUAUCAAACCAAAGAGACCAUUUGUGGAGUCUAAUGUUUAAGAGACACUUGUUGGAGUGAGACCCAUAUGUUUCCACUGCACAUUUUCAGGCUUGGUUUUCACAUCUGAGGUAGUUCUCUGGCUUAAUUUCUCACGUAGUUUCUGUGUGGUGUUCAGAGGUGACAGCCCACAUGUUGAAAUCCUUUGCAUGCAGCUGACUAGGAAGCUGGCCUCUGGUGAGCCAGGACUUUCUCGGGUCUGUGCCCCAGCCACAUGCUCUCUCCCUCUCUUCCGAUGCCAACAAGGAGAUUUUGUGCCGUGAGCUUUAACCAGGGAGAUCAGACACACUGGUCAGCUUUUCCCAGGAGACAAUCGCUUUCACUGAUGUUCUUGUUGUGUGAAUGUCUCUUUCCUUUUUAAAGAGUAAGAUGUUCUUGUUUGGUUUUUUCUAGAAACUCUAGGAAGUGUGUGAUGCCUCUUUGUCCUUGCAUUCUUACUCAGUGUUCCACAUGGCCAGCCCCAAUGCAUUCCUGUGCCAUGGUCUCCUCCCCAGACUCCAGCUCCCUGCAGGCAUCAGGUCUAGAAUCUUCAUUUACUGUAUCACUGGUCUUCCCCUGGGAUAAAGGGAUCUAGGGGAGAGUGAGAAGGAAAGAAAGCUGCUAAAUCAGAAGAAAAGCCCACUAUAAUUAUUUGAAAUGCUACCAUGUUGAUUUUCCAAGAGGCAUUUUGAGAACAUUUAGUAAACAUUCACCCUUUAAAUAAAUUGAUCAGCCAAGGAAAUUCCAGGACGACUGUGGGUAUUUUUAAAGCACUCAUCAAGAGUGAGCUUUAACCAACAAUUAACCACUAAAGGCUACUGAUUUUCCAAGGUUAGAAGAGGAAAUAGAUACAGAGAAAAGAGAAGAAGGGGGAUAAAGAUUGUUCUUCCUCCUCACUGGGAGAAAUCUGUCUUGGAGAUGUCUGCUUCUUAGAUCCUGAAACCGCACUGAGCAGACUGCUGAGGUCUGGCUGGUACAGUAACCCUCUUAGCUGCAUCUUCUCCUGGAGCCAGGGCAACCUCGCUGCCUCACACCCAGAUGGUGUGAAGAAGAAAUAGGUUCUCACAGAACCCACUUAGAUUCUCUUGGGACUGUCGGACCAUCUACCCAGAUUUCUACCCAGGCCCCUGCAUUUCGUGCCAGCUGUUAACGGAUGCCAUUUUAAGACCUCUGGUUUCAUUAUUCACUGUUAAAAGAGUUGUGUCUUUUGUCUAGGAGUGUUUAGGGGUAAUCUUUGAAAAUCAGAAAUAGCCAAAAGUGUUGCAGACUCCUUUGACCCCUGGGUAGGGGCAUGAGAUUGACCCCAGGCCUUUUCUUCCGUCAAUGUCUGCACAUCUAGGUCUUGUGGGUGUCUGCCAACCUGACUUUGGAAGAGCUGAGACAACUGUGAGAUAGGCAGCAGGAACACAGGAACUAAAGCUGCAGCACAGUCCUGUCUCUAGCUCAUGUCAGUUCUUAAAACCAAGCAACUCAGACCAGGAAAUUAACCAGAGGUGUUGGUCCCAUGUUCUUAGGGAACAUUUUACUUUUGUUAGUAAAGGGCUACAGGAAGGACAGUGUCUUGAACAAAAUCCAGCUGUGACCUGUUUGGAUACAGGUUCUCUAAAGGACCUGUAAGACACGCAGAGCGUGACACUGAGUUCAAAUGCCUUUUUCACUGAUUUAGAUUAUGCCAGUAGAUGAAUCCCAAGCUGAAAACGGAUCAGGACUCAUCUCUCUAAGCAGAACAGUUUUCAGUAUGAUGUGGAAGAACUGCCCCUUUCUCCUAGACUAGGAUAGGAUCGGUGAUCUCUUCCUACCUGUCCAUCCACCUGUCUGUAUCCCCCUCUCUCCUGUCUGGAAGAGGAAGUUUGUAGCUGUGAGGUUAACCUGUAGCUGGGAACAGCAACUUCUUGGCUCCUGGUGUGAACUGGACACAGCCCUGUUGGUCUCUGUAUCGUGUGCUAUCUGAAGCACCUCUAAGGGAGCUCCUACAGCCCAUUAGAAAAGUGCUCCUGCCUGUUUGGAAAGCCACACUCCCCUAGCCUUACCUGCUAGGUGGGUUAAAAUGCCAUGCAGGCCUCAGAUACGCUACAGCUGCCACUUUUUCCCAGGGUUCCUCAUUUUCCCAGGAAAAGCAAGAGAGUUAAUGUCUCUAUCCCCACCUGAGAGGUCAGUGUCACACCACAGUUCUUUCUUGGCCGUCAUAAAAGAGUGGCUGUCACUGCUGUGUGCCAGUGGGUUUUGACUAGAAAACACCAACAGGAACUUAUUGAGGCAGAAAAUAAAACGGUCUUCUGUAGAUGCAGACACCUGUGCCCUGCUUUGCUACUUCACUGCCAUGGGUUGAUCUUGUACUGUAUUCCGAAUGUGCCCCUCCCUUCCCAGCAACGAGCAUUUGCCAGGCACGGCUAGCUUCAGGAUGGAAGAAAUUUUUUGGAUGAAACUGGCAAAUUCUGCUCACUCAAUUCACAUCUCCCUUAAGUAGAGACAGGUGACAAACUUCAGCUUGUAGGUUUUUCACCAAAACGUCCCUUUGCCCAAAAGUCUUGCACUAAUAGGUUCCCAUCACAUCAUGUCUAUAAAUGGGUGCACUUUACUGUUUGAAUUUGUAACUCUGGUAAAUACUGGAUAUUUAAGUGUGAGAGUAAUGUCUUCAUUAGAAAUUAGCAGAGUCACUCUUGUCUCUAGUGUGUUUUCAAGAAAAAAAAACAAGAAAAGAAAUGAAGCAGUGGAUCACAGCAAUUCAUAGCACAAGAACUAACUGUUGUAUAUAAGCCUCAACGAGACUGAGAACCUUAAACACAGAGAAUAUUUGCAGUGAUUUUAAAGUGCUUUCCAGCAAUUUUCUUAGGGACUCCUGAGACAUGGUUCAUUUAUUUACUGGAUCAGUAAGGCACACAAGUAACAGUUAAAAUUAAUGUUUAUUUACAAAGUAAAGGGAAAACCUGUGUAACACGAAAGUUUGGCAUGGACAAAUGGAGAUCAUUUUGUAUCUGCUGUGUCUGUCCAGAUCGCAGACGUGCACUAUUAAAAGCCCAAGUUAAUAGAGCACAGCCCCUCGUUCCUCUCCCAGGCACCCCUUUCUAGGUGUUUAACUGAAACUUGGUGGCUCAGGAAGAUUCCACUAAUUAGAAUCAUGUACAGUACCCCAGGUUGUUGUCCAGAUAGCCAAGUUUGCUGGUUUAGUUAAGCCUGGAUUAUUAAACAUUUUUCCUAAAUUAUUAUAAACAGAACAGCUUAGAAAAAGGUGUUCUCGGCCCUUAUAUUGUAUAGUAGUUUAUGAUUCCCUCUAAAUAUUGGUAUUUUUAUAUUCCAGAGAUAUACCCAAUAGAAAAAUUUAAAACCAGUAUCUAAUUUAAUAUCCAUAAGUAUUUUUCCUUAGAGUUUAGUCAUAUGCAGUGGGAUAUGUGGAUGUCACGUGUGCUUCACCAUACUCUACCGCUAGGUGUCACUGUGGCUCUGCAUUAUACUUACCUGGUUACAAAGAAUGGCUUCGUGGAGCUGCUGCCAGUGCCAAGGCAAGCCCACAGCCUGGAGGUUCAGGAAGAUGGGAACAAAGGCCUGGAGGGUCUUCAUGCAUCAUGCCACCUGUAGCAAGACAGACUGAACACCACCGUUUGGGAGGUUAGGUCAAGCUUCCUUUCUCUGGUGGAUGGGCAUGUAGGGGAGCCUUUUCUCCCCUGAGCAUCCUUUCUUUCAGUUCCACUCAGCCUCCAGCUUUUCUAACUCCACAAAUAUCAUGGUUGGGUGGUUUGAUUAAAGAUAGUUAUUUUUCUACUGCAGAAAUGCCUUGGACAAAAACAGUUGCUCACUGAAUCUUUGCCACUCAAUGGAACAGGCUCCCCAGGUGGCAGGAUAUGCUGCCUCUGUGCCCAUCCCUGUUGAGCCUCCCAGGGCUCAGCCCUACUCACCCUGCCUGUCUAUCCUUUGGCUGCCCAGUUCUCAAGAAGCGGUCUGCUGCCGCCUUUACUCUGGGGGCCAUACUGCCCUGCCGCCACGUGCUUGUUGAGAGGUGUGACUUCUCCUUUUCCUCUGGGAAUUCCAGACUGACCCAUCUACCAUGACUAACAAUGAACAAAGGGCUUAGGGGUAAGAGCUACCUACAAAGACGUGUCAUGGAAACCUUCACCAUGCAAUGCCUUGAACUCAGCUCUGGCUGCUCCCGAGAAAAGGUGGCUGGCUAGGGGCCUGGACACAAGCACAACGGGGCUGGUGGAGCCACUGUGCAGAGCUACUUGAAUAUUCACUGGGUCUUCAUCAACUCCUUUUGUAAUACAGACCACUCAAGGGCUGAAGUGUUGGUGACCUUCAUUUCGGUGUCCAAUGCCUCACAGCAGCUGAGCCACCCUGAGAUGCUUGUGGCCACAUGAUGGCCACAGUCAGAGCUUUGAAAAUCGGUACCAAAUGAACAUAUAAUUGGACACCAAAAAUCAAGUGUUACUCUCAUGUUUCCUCACCCUGCCAUCUCGUUUCUCCUCCUGACUGUGAUCCCUACACUAAGCUGACCAGUCAGGCUGCAGCUGGCUGCACGCAGAUGCCAGCCAGCACCAUCUCUGGGUUUCAGAUAGACCUACUCCGCGGGAAGGACUUGGCCUAGCUGCUCUGUUCUGUAGCACUUGAUGGCUGGGUUUUCCCUUUGUUAAUCACUAACCAGGAAAUCUGGCUAGGACUCAAAUCACUCCCUUCAAUCCCCAGGACCAGAGAGAGAGUUAAUUCUGGAAAAUUCAGUACUUGAAUGUACCUGCCUUACUGUGUACCCAUUCACUGGGAGGGUGGGGGGCUAGUGAUGCCGGCUCUAGAUAGCCACUCAUUCGCAGGUUAUUUUGGAAAUUCUGUAAGUUAUACUGUCCUGAUUUCUUUUGUUUUUUUUUAAUUUUUUUAACAUUUGGCUGAUUCCUGCUGAGUUGGGCCAGUUCCUGUGGGGCUCAGGGCAGGUGCCGUUCUCAGGCAUGGCCUCCCUUCCAUCUAGCACAGCGUCUGUGUCUCUCUGUUCUGUCUCCUCCAAAUCCAAGAUGAUUUUAAUUAGUACAGACAUGUACAGUCUACAAUUAAAGAGUGAUUUGUACUAAUAUGAUUUUGAUUAUUCCUCUUUGCUGUCCUUUCAAGACACUUGCUGGAAAAAGCUUUAAUGCACUUAGUUUUCCUCUAGGUUUUCUAUAACUCAGAUGUAAAGGACUUCCUCUGUACAGUAUAUUAUCCAAUGCAUGUUUGUUCUCUAGCCUAAUAUAUCGAACACCACACAGUCGUGAACUCGUGCAGUGGGGACACCCCACACCCAGCGGAGGCCUCCAGCCCCGUGUAUAAGGAAGACAUUUCCUUUGCUGUACUUGCUUGAACAGUUUUAUUGUCUGUACAUGUGAGCCGUGUGAGACAGAUGUGAAAAGUUUAAAUGAAUGCAUUUUCCUGCCCCAUGUAUACAGAGCGUCAACUGUACAACGAGCUGUAUGUAUGAAAGCAAAUGUACUUAUUUAUAAAUG